AUGACUAAACAGGACAAGUCAGCAGAAGGAAACGAUGGUAGUGAUGACAAUCAAGAAGGCAGUGCAGUUGAGAAUGAAGAAAAUGCCAAAGGAACAGAUAAAGGGAAGAAGAGAGCAACACCAAGACCUAGAAGAGCACAUGCCAGAGGGAGAGACAGGCAUGGUGAUGAAGAUGAUGACGAUGAUGAAGGUGGGAUGAGGAGAGCUGGGCCUCGUAGGCACAGAAGCCGUAGACGAGGACGAGCAGCUGGAAAUGAGGCCAGUGAUUCUGAUAUGGAACCUGCAAAAGCCAAGAAGAAUCAAGCAAAUCAGAAAUCCAAGGAAGAUGAUGAAGAUGAUGAAGAUGAGAAAGGGGGUAAAAGUGGGAAAGGUAAAAAUGAGAAGAAAGGGGACAAAAAGUCUGAUAAAAAAGGGAAAAAAGAGAAGGCCAACAAGAAGAAAAAAGACAAAAAGAAAUCAGGAUCAGGCUCUGAUUCUGAAUCUGAGGAGGAGCCAAUUACAGAGGAGGAAUUGGCCAAGCUGAAAGAAGAGGUAGAAGAAAAAAAGAAACUGAUUGCCACGCUACGAAACAAGCCAUGGAAGAUGAAAAAGAAGUUGUCUGUCUUGAAGGAAGCACAGCUUUUUGUUGAGAAGUUUGAAGGUGCACUUGGAAAAGGAAAAGGAAAAAAAUUCUAUGCAUACAAAGUGAUGAUGAUGAAGAAAUGGAUGAAAUUUCAAAGAGACUUUGAAAAUUUUAAGACAGCCUGCAUACCCUGGGAAAUGAAAAUUAAGGAGAUUGAAAGUCACUUUGGCUCAUCAGUAGCAUCUUAUUUCAUAUUCUUGCGUUGGAUGUAUGGAAUAAAUAUGAUUCUCUUUGGAUUGACCUGUGGUCUUGUAAUGGUGCCUGAGGCUUUGAUGGGUAAGCCAUAUGGCUCUUUGCCUAGAAAAACUGUCCCAAGAGCUGAAGAAGCAACUGCUAUGAAUUUUGCUACCCUCUGGGAUUUUAGUGGCUUUGCACAGUAUUCUGUACUCUUCUAUGGUUAUUACAAUAACCAGAGGACAAUUGGGUGGCUCAAGUUCAGGAUGCCUCUUUCAUAUUUCCUUGUUGGAGUUGGGUCUAUUGGCUAUAGCUUUAUGAUUGUCACUCGAACAAUGGCAAAGAAUGCAAAUGAUGAUGGUGGUGGGGAUGAUACUAGUUUUAAUUUCAGCUGGAAAAUGUUCACAAGCUGGGACUACCUGAUUGGCAAUCCUGAGACAGCGGAUAAUAAGUUUGCCUCCAUCACAACAAGCUUUAAGGAAGCAAUUGUGGAGGAGCAGGAGAGCCGAAAAGAAGAAAAUAUUCAUUUGACUCGAUUCUUAAGGGUUCUUGCCAACUUCUUAGCCCUAUGCACACUUGCUGGAAGUGGCUACCUCAUCUUUUUUGUUGUCAGAAGAUCCCAGCAAUUUGCCUUGGAAGGUCUGGAGAACUACGGGUGGUGGGAAAGAAAUGAAGUGAACACGGUUAUGUCACUUUUAGGAAUGUUCUGUCCAACUUUAUUUGAUGUAAUCAGUUCUCUGGAAAAUUACCACCCUCGAAUAGCUCUAAGAUGGCAGCUGGGAAGAAUCUUUGCUCUUUUCCUCGGCAAUCUCUACACUUUCAUUAUUGCCCUGAUGGAUGAAAUCAACCUCAAGCUGGAAGAAGAAAAGAUAGUCAAAUACAACAUGACAAUAUGGGAAGCCAGUCUGUACAAUGGUACUAUUCCAGAGAAUUCAACUGCUCCUCCAAUACAGGUGGAUCCUGCUGAUGUCCCCAGAGGACCAUGUUGGGAAACAAUGGUAGGACAGGAAUUUGUGCGCUUGACAGUCUCUGACAUGAUGACAACAUACAUCACAAUUCUAAUCGGCGAUUUUUUGAGAGCUGUCUUUGUUAGGUUUUUCAAUUAUUGCUGGUGCUGGGAUUUGGAGUACGGAUUUCCAUCAUACUCUGAGUUUGAUAUAAGUGGCAACGUGCUGGGACUGAUCUUUAACCAAGGCAUGAUCUGGAUGGGAUCUUUUUAUGCUCCAUGUCUCCCAGCAAUCAAUGUGUUCCGCCUCCACACGUCGAUGUAUCUGCAGUGCUGGGCAGUGAUGUGCUGUAAUGUCCCCCAGGAAAGAGUCUUCAAGGCUUCCAGAUCCAAUAACUUCUACAUGGCCAUGCUGCUUUUCAUCCUUUUUCUCUCCACACUGCCUGCUGUGUACACCAUUGUCUCCAUCCCACCAUCUUUUGACUGUGGUCCUUUCAGUGGGAAGACUAGAAUGUAUGAAGUCAUUUCAGAAACUCUGGAGCACGACUUUCCUUCCUGGUUUGGGAAGGUAUUUGGUUAUGCCUCUAACCCUGGACUUAUCCUACCCUUUAUAUUGCUGAUGGUCCUGAGUCUUUAUUAUCUCAACGCAACAUCCAAAUCCUACAAGGAAGCUAACUUGGAACUUAAAAAGAAGUUACAAAGUCAAGCAGAAGAAAAUAAAAGAAGAAAUAAACAAAAAGCACAAAAAUCAAAUGAACAAGAGGAAAAUCCUUUUGAGACUGAACCACCACCAGCAAAGCCUAAAGGAGACAAGCAAGAUGAGUCCACUCCAAACAAUGACAACAAGAAAGGACAGGAUGGCAACGGAUCAAAGACAGGCCAGCCACAAGAAACCAGCUCCUCUCAGCAUCCUGGCCCUGUCCUGAAUGGCCACUAUCCUCCACAGAGCCGAGGAGGAAACCUUCCUCCACCAUCCAUAGCUGUGACAAGGCCACCCGGGCCCAGAGGGCCUAGAAUGCCAGGCUAUCCACCUGGAAAUCCUUGCCUCCCAGGGAUGCAGCCAGGAAUGCCUAGGGGCCCUCCCAUGUACAGAUAA